GUACGAGAUGGCUGCCGGCAGCCGCCUCCUCCUCCUCUUCCUCCUGCCCUGCCUGGUCACCGCCUCACACAGCCCACCCGGCUGCAAGAUCCGGAUCACCUCCAAGGGGCUGGAGCUGGUGAAACAGGAGGGGCUGCGCUUUGUGGAGCAGGAGCUGCAGAACAUCACGGUGUCGGACCUGCACGGGAAGGAGGGACAGUUCCACUACAACAUCAGCCAGGUCAAGGUGAUGGACCUGCAGCUAGCGCUGUCGGACCUGCACUUCCAGCCGCAGCAGCACCUCGUCUUCAACAUCAACAACGCCUCCAUCAGCCUGCGCUUCCGCAGGCAGCUGCUCUACUGGUUCUUCUAUGACAUCGGGUCCAUCAAUGCCUCUGCGGAUGGUGUCCACAUCCACACAGUGCUGCAGCUGGCCAAGGACGAGGCUGGGCGCCUCAAGAUCUCCAACAUCACCUGCAAUGCCUCCAUUGCCAGGAUGCACGCAGGCUUCUCCGGCACGCUCAGGAAGGUCUACGAGUUCCUGAGCACCUUCAUUGUCACAGGGAUGCGCUUCCUCCUCAGCCAGCAGAUCUGCCCAUCACUGGAGCACGCCAGCCUGGUGCUGCUCAACUCUGUGCUGGACACGGUGCCGGUGAGGAACUACGUGGAUGAGCACAUAGGGAUUGACUAUUCCCUCCUGCGGGAUCCGGCCGUCUCAGCAGACACCCUUGAUCUGGACUUCAAGGGCAUGUUCUUCCCACGUGUAAGAGAGAGCCAGGAGCUGGAGAACCACGCGGUGGAGCCGGUGAUCAAGGAGACCGAGCGCAUGGUCUACGUCGCCUUCUCCGAGUACUUCUUCGACUCGGCCAUGCAGGCGUACUUCCAGGCGGGCGUGCUGGCCAUCGAGCUCCAGGGGGAGAAGGUGCCCAAGGACCUGGAGGUUCUGCUGAGAGCCACCUUCUUCGGCACCAUCUUCAUGCUGAGUCCCACCGUGGAUGCGCCCCUGCGGCUGGUGCUGCAGGUCUCAGCUCCCCCCCGCUGCAUCAUCAAACCCUCAGGCACCUCCGUCUCCGUCUCUGCCUUCCUCAACAUCUCUCUGGUGCCGCCCGGCCGCCCGGCCGUGCAGCUCUCCAGCAUGGCCAUGGAGACCAAGCUGAGCGCCAGGGUGUACCUGCAGGGGAAGGCGCUGCGCGUGCAGCUGGACCUGCGGCGGUUCCGCAUCUACUCCAAGCAGUCGGCCCUGGAGUCACUGGCGCUCUUCUCACUGCAGGCCCCUCUGAAGACGCUGCUGCAGUUGACCAUCAUGCCCAUCAUUAACGAGAGGACCAAGAAGGGGGUGCAGAUCCCACUGCCCGAAGGCAUGGACUUCACCAAGGAGGUGGUCACCAACCAUGCGGGAUUCCUCACGGUGGGAGCUGAUCUCCACUUCUCCAAAGAGCUGCGAGAGGUGAUUGAGAAAUACCGCCCGGCGCCCACAGCCGCUGCCCGCCCCAGCCCAGAGCCCACAGCACCCAGUGUGGAGCCCCCCCAGCUCUAGCGCUUCACACUCACUCCCCCACUGCGGAUCCAGGGCAGAUCCCGGGCUGGACCCGUAGGCUGUAGGUAGGAAGCAGCGUCCCUGGUCCCACUGGCACGUCCUGCAGGGCCCCGUGCCCUGGUGGGUAGCAGCAAGGUGGAGACGGACGCUCUGGGAACCCCUGCUGCUCCCCUGCUCCUCACACUAAUAAACCACGCGACUCCAA